AGACUGAACCUCUUUUCUUUUCUCUGUAUUUUCUUCCAGACUGAAACUUGGUCGCCGUAGCAACAACGGAUCUCUACUGGGACUUCAUGGACUCUGCAGUAUUUGUAGUAUUUGGAUAGUAUUGUGGUAUUGAUCAGUACUGAUCAGUAUUGAUCAGUAUUGACUGGUGUCAAUAGUAUUGACUUUUCCAGGAAUGAAAGCUGGAGCACUGAGGAAAGUUUCAUGAAGCAGCUGCCAUGACGGUGUCCAUCAGUGGAAAAACAGGAAGUGCAUCUGGGCUCCACUUCCUGCUAGUGCUGUUCUUGGUUUGUCCAGAAAGGGGCUUGUCUCUCGAGUUGAGUCCCUCUGGUGUCGAAGUGUUGCUGAGUUCAAACUCCUCCUUCUCUGUGGUGUGCUCAGGAUGGGCUCAGGUGUUAUGGCGGCUGCCUCGGGACUCGGUCCCCGAGGGCGUCGUGUUGGACAAUCAAGGAUCCAGCAGCGUCCUGCAGCUGCACAACGCCACCUGGAGGCAUUCUGGGAGAUACAUCUGUGAGGAGGCCUCAUCUGACGAGACCAAAGAGCUGGACAUCUUCAUACCAGGACGAGGUCCGGAUGAAUGGUUUGUCCCGAUGGGUCCGGGUGUUGUGAUGAAGGAGGGUGAAGAAGGCACGAUUCCUUGCGUCGUGUCCGACCCGCGGCUGAACGUCACACUGUACGAACGGCCCGGCAGGGCGCCAGUUAGCGGCGUAACGUUCCAGCCGGGCCGCGGCUUCACGGGUCGUCUGAACGACACAUCAUACGUGUGCUCAGCCACCCAGGGUGGGGAGGAGAGAGAGUCGCAGGUCUUCUACGUCUUUAGCAUCGUGGUCCCUAAGGUGAUGGAGGUGGAGAUGUGGGCGUCAGGCUCUGUGCUGCGGCAGGGCGAGGUGUUGACCAUCAACUGCACCGUCAAAGACACAGAGAUGGUUUACUUCACCUGGGACUUUCCCCGCAAACAGGACAUUGAGCCCCUGACAGAUUUCCUGCCCAACAGAAUCCGGUCCUUCAUCAACAUCUCCGUGGCAACGCUUGCAGAUUCUGGUGUCUAUGUAUGUACGGUGCAAGACACAGUGCAGGGUCAAACUGUGGUGAAAAAUGUCACUGUAACUGUACUGGAUCACGGUUACGUCCACGUGCAGCCAGCAGGUGGCAGAAACGUGUCGUGUCUGCUGCAUCAGACGGUCGAGUUCAGCCUGCAGAUCGAUGCCCUGCCCCCGCCCAAAGUCAGCUGGUCCAGAGACAACCAGACUGUCGCCAUGGAAACCAGCUCCAUCACCACCACACACCUGAGCGACAGCAGGUACGUGAGCACGCUGACGCUGGUUCGAGUCCAGAUGGAGCAGACAGGACGUUACACGGCGACCGUUUCCAAUGACGAUGAGGUCAGAGAGGUCGUCUUCAACCUGGAGGUCACAGUACCCCCUAGAAUCACAUCGCUGUCAGAGAUUGGAAGUCAGUCAAUGCUAUGUGUUUGUGAGGGAGCUCCACCCCCAAUCAUCACCUGGUACACCUGUCAGCACGCACACAGGUGUGGAAAUUUGACAGGUGGCUGGCGGAGCCUAUCAGCUGGGUCGGUGGGCGUGACCCUGCAGGAGAACAGCAGCUUCCCGCAGAACAAAGUGCUAGGCCAGGUUCACAGCCUGCUGACCCUGCAGAGCCUCGGCUCGCUCACUGCUGUUCGCUGUGAGGCCAGAAACAGCGGAGGACGACGCGCCUGGGACCUGCGGCUGCCUUCCAGCUCUCUUCUCUCUCAGGUCGCUGUGCUCGCUGCCGUCUUGGUGCUUGUUGUCAUCGCUAUCAUCUUCCUCAUCAUCCUCAUCCUCGUCUGGAGGAAGAAACCUCGUUAUGAAGUUCGCUGGAAGGUGAUCGAGUCGGUCAGCGCUGACGGACAGCAGUACACCUACAUCGACCCCACCCAGCUGCCGUACAGCUCCACCUGGGAGGUCCCGCGGGAAAACGUGGCGCUGGGUCGGGUUUUGGGUUCGGGGGCGUUCGGACGGGUCGUCAAGGCAACCGUCUCCGGGCUGCUGCACUCUCACUCCUCUACCAAGGCAGCGGUGAAGAUGCUCAAACCCGGCAGCAGUGCAGGUCAGUCUCUGAUGUCAGAGUUGAAGAUUUUGGUUCAUCUCGGUCCUCACCUCAACGUGGUCAACCUGCUGGGAGCCUGCACCCGAGGGGGUCCCGUCUUCCUGAUCACAGAGUUCUGUCGUCAUGGUGACCUGGUCGACUACCUGCAACGCAAUAAACACACCUUCCUACAGAGUGAUGCCACACAGGCCAAGAGUGACAGUGAUGGAGGGUACAUGGACAUGAAUAAGGAGGAGGCCGUUCAGUACGUUGCCAUGCAGGAGCUCAGUUACGCCGACAUCGAACCUGCGGUGUAUGAGACGCCGUACAUACAGCACGACCAGCAGGGGGAGCUGGUGCUCAGUGACUCUGCCCUCCUGAGCCUGCAGGACCUGCUGGGCUUCUCCUACCAGGUGGCUCAGGCCAUGGACUUCCUGUCCUCCAAAAAUUGUGUCCACAGAGAUCUGGCAGCCAGAAACGUCCUGGUGUGUGAAGGAAAGCUGGUGAAAGUCUGUGACUUUGGCCUGGCCAGAGAUGUGUUGAAGGACCAGGAUUACGUCGCCAGGGGAAAUGCCUUCCUCCCAGUGAAGUGGAUGGCUCCAGAAAGUAUUUUCCAGAACAUCUACAGCAUUCAGAGCGACGUCUGGUCCUAUGGAGUUUUAUUGUGGGAGAUCUUCUCUCUGGGGGGGAGCCCGUACCCUGAGCUUCCCUUGAACCAGGAGUUUUAUUCUGCUCUGAAGAGAGGAUACCGCAUGGCCCGCCCCGAACACGCCACGUCCAACAUCUACGAGGUGAUGAAGCAGUGCUGGCAGGAGAAAUCUGAGGCCAGACCUCCUUUCUCCUCAUUGGUCGUUUCCGUUGGCAACAUGCUGACCGACGCCUACAAGGAGCGGUACGUCCAGGUGACGGAGAGGUUUCUGAACAGCGAUCAUCCCGCUGUGAUCCGGUCCAAACCCAAUCUGACCGGCGGCGCCGAGCGGACCGCCAGACCGACGGACGACAACGGUACAGAAGGAAGCCCCGCCCCAGAGGUCAGAGUUCACCAAUCAGAGACGGAGUCGGAGGAGGCAGGCCCCUCCCACAGCACGUACAUCAUCCCUGUCACCGACAUCACCGUGGAAACCAGCGGCUUUGUGCUGGACACAGCCGCUCAGGAAACCAGCCCUCAGGUUCAGGAUUCCCCCCCUGAGACCAACUCCCAAGAUGCAUCAGGAGCACAGGAAGUGACACCGGAGGCUGUCCAGGGAGUGGAGGAGCUGCCUCGACCGGAGGAGAGCGUCCUGUGAAGGUUGAGGGUUCAAUUCCCGCCGGAAGCAAAGGGAACAAGGCUUAAUGGAGAGAUUUGGACCAGCAACCCUCCUUCAGGAAGAGUGUGUGUGUGUGUGUGUGUGUGUGUGUGUGUGUGUGUGCAGACUCUGCAGGAAACAUCUCAUCUGACAGCAGACCUCAGAUCAGAUCCUUCAGUGGGGUUAUUGAUCUGAUCAGUGUUAUUGGAACAGUGUGUUAUAUUCAGCGUAUUAGCUUGAUAUUAUCCUGCAUAUCAAACAUUUAUUUCUAUAAUAAUAAAGUU